GCGAGUUUUUGACGUCACUUUCGGAAUAAAAAUGGCGAACGGCAAUAACAGCCGACGACUCUAAAUAGUCAACAUAAAAAUUAUGAUUCUUUUGGUGUCCCUGAGCAGCACAACGCCUAUCUCUGAACAGCGCUAAACGUCCGAGCGUAUUGUGGGACCCCCAAACUAAUCUAACCAUGAGUAGUCGAAGGAAAAAGGCCCCCCCUGUGAGGGUGGACGAGGAUGCUAAAAAGAGGUUAAACUGGAACAUGCUGGAGGACCGGAGGAAUGAGGCGAUUAAGGAGAACGACGGCCAAACCCCGACGUGCUCCACCCUUGCUGUCGAGCCAUCAUCUGACAUUUCUGUCAGCUCGCUCCGGUUCGCCGAGGAACUCCCCACUUCCUUUGCUUCCCUGGCGCUCACGGUGCUGCCCACCUCCCAGCUGAGCCACACCUGGAAGGCUCUCGUCGGGGAGUUCCGAGCCCGGCCGGCUUGGCUCCCGCCCGAGUGCGGACUUCGGCCGUUUACUUUUCACAAGAGGGCAGAGCAGCUAUGCAUCAGCUUCAGCGGCUCCGACGAGUCCACCGAGCCGCUGCGGACGCCUGAUGGCGACACCUGUACCGCGGAGUGCAGCCUCACUCGGAUCUCGCUGGAGGACAUGGAGUGGCUGCAGAAGAGGAGGGUGGUGCAGCUUUGUCAUGAAGAAGAAGAGGACUCCUUCAGGGUUGGGGUUUACUUGCUGGAAAGCGGACUAUGGAAGUCGGAGUUCCUCAGUGAGGGAAACGCUCGCAUGAAGAAAGCCAAUCAGCUCAUGCAGAAGAUGAUGGAGUAUUUUUAUGACUUUAUCAUCCCUGAAGUGGUGGACAACGAGGAGGAGGAAUGUGACACAGACUUGGAGAGGCAGAACGUGGAGGAGCUCUACGAUUACGUCAGGCGUGUGCACCAGAUGGAGAGCCAGGGCGUGAGCUUUGACGUCCAACACCAGGCCCUCCUGCCGGUCCUCAGGCCCUAUCAGAGCCAGGCCGUCAACUGGAUGCUAAAGCGGGAGAAAUUCAGAAAUACUUCCCCAACAGAGCAGUCGCUGCAUUUCCUGUGGCGGGAGUUGGUCACUUUGUGUGGCAAGAAGCUCUUCUACAACCCUUACACCGGCUGUCUCAUUCGUGCGUUUCCCCUCGCCGGCGUGGAGUGGCCCGGCGGGAUCCUGGCUGACGAGAUGGGUCUGGGAAAGACGGUAGAAGUCCUGGCUCUCAUUCUUUUUCACAGCCGACAGGACGUCCAGCAGGAGGCCCUCACCCUGCCCGUGGGACAGUCUGUGAAUUAUUUUGUACCUCCUCCUCCACUGGAGAGAAAGAAAGCCAUCCGAUGUAAGCCUGAAGCGCAGCCGAAAAUGAAAAUCUCUCACCCGGCCGUCCGUGUGAUGCUGCUCACGGCCAUCAAGGAAAUGCGCUCGGGCAAAGGUGCCUCAGUCAACGCCGUUUUCACGUACAUCCGCGCCAGUUACGGCUACGACCUGCUGAAGAACCGCAGCCACAUGAAGAAGACGCUGGCCAAACUGAUGGAGGAAGGCCUGGUGGAGCAGGUCAAAGGGCGCGGCUUGGCGGGCUCCUUUCGUUUGGGGAAGAAGUACAAAGAGACCAAGAAGACGGCGGCGGGAUCACCCAAAUCUAAUACCAAAUGCUCAGAAGAGAGGUUGCCCAGGAAAACGUUCCAGAGACGAGCAAAGGAGAAGGCAGAAGCAGCUCUCCAAAACUCCGUCACGGGUGACGACCCAAGCAACACCAACGCUCCCGAGCGGACAGGUUGGGGUGAAAGCGAAGGACCACGGGAGGCAGACAGAAUGUUUGAUGCCUCUGAGGAGACCCAACCAUCCAGCUCUCAGGAAGAGCCCCCCGUCAGGGCGUCCGUGGUCCCCUUCAACACUACGGACUACAGGUUUGAGUGCAUCUGUGGCGAGCUGGGCAUCGUGGACUACAAAGCCCGCGUGCAGUGCCUGAACUGCCAGCUGUGGCAGCACGCCGACUGCGUCAACUACAAGGAGGAAAGUUUGGAGACCACACCCUUCUACUGCCCCCACUGCCUGGUGGCCAUGAAGCCUGUCUCCACGGGGGCCACGCUCAUCAUCUCCCCUAGCUCCAUUUGCCACCAGUGGGUUGAGGAGAUCAACCGCCACGUCAGGUCCUCAUCGCUGCGGGUGCUGGUGUAUCAGGGCGUGAAGAAGCAUGGCUUCAUCCAACCGCACAUGCUGGCCGAGCAGGACGUGGUCAUCACCACCUACGACGUGCUGCGCUCGGAGCUCAACUACGUGGACAUCCCGCACAGCAACAGCAAGGACGGGCGCCGCUUCCGCAACCAGAAGCGCUACAUGGCCGUGCCCAGCCCCCUGGUGGCCGUGGAGUGGUGGCGCAUCUGUCUGGACGAGGCUCAGAUGGUGGAGUGUCCCACCGCCAAGGCUGCAGAGAUGGCGCUGCGUCUUGCCUCUGUCAAUCGCUGGUGUGUCAGUGGCACGCCUGUCCAGAGAGGCUUAGAAGACCUUUAUGGCCUCAUGCUCUUCCUGGGAGUGGAUCCGUACUGGGUCAAACACUGGUGGGACCAGUUGCUCUACAGGCCCUAUCGCCGUGGAAACACAGAGCCACUUUACGGCGUCGUUGCUAAGUUGUUGUGGCGGUCGGCCAAGAAGGACGUCAUCGAUCAGAUCCAGAUUCCAGCACAGACUGAGGAGGUCCACUGGCUGCACUUCUCCCCGGUGGAGGGUCACUUCUACAACCGCCAACACGAGGUCUGCUCCCAGGACGCCUUGGUCAAACUCAGGAAGCUCUCCGACUGGAGCCUGAAGCUGGGCAGCCUGGACCGCCGUACGGUCGCCACCAUCCUUUGCCCGCUGCUGAGGCUGCGCCAGGCCUGCUGCCACCCGCAGGCGGUGCGUGGCGAGUUCCUGCCGCUGCAGAAAAGAGCUUGUCCAGUGGCUUUUGAUGGUGACGCCCCCUCCUCCCUCGGCAGCACCAUGACAAUGGAGGAGCUCCUCAAGUCCCUGCAGAAGAAAUGUCGAGUGGAAUGUGAAGAAGCCCACAGGCAAUUAGUGUGCGCUCUCAACGGCCUGGCUGGAAUUCACAUCAUCAGAGAUGAGUUUGAGCAGGCGGCCGAGAUGUACAGAGAAGUGCUGCGUUCGUCAGAGGAGCACAAAGGCCGACUGAAAACAGAUUCAUUGCAGAGGCUUCAUGCCACUCACAACUUAAUGGAGCUGCUGAAUGCAAAGCAUCCUGGGAUUCCCCCCACUCUCAGAGACGACCGGCUCAGCGAGGAGGCCGAGCAGCUGCGGCAGCACUACAUGACCAAGUACGACUUGGAGGUGUCCGACGCCCAUCACGCCCUGCAGCCGGUCCUGCAGAACAUUAAAGAGCUGAAGCGCAAAGUUAACCUGAGCUCCCCCUGGUGGCUGGAGGUGAUUCAGCGGGCGAUCCGUUGCUCCGCCGACGAUGACCUGGUGAGCCGCGUCAAGAACGAGUUGACGUCCAGCUACAAGCAGCAAGCUCACAAGUUCUCCAUGGCUGACAAAUUCCGCGACGGCCACGGCCUGCAGUUCCUGCUCACCACUCAAAUGGAAGACCUGACCAAGUCCCAGAAGAUUGUACGGGCGGCCGUGAAGAGCCUGGAAGGUCCGGCGUCCAAGAAGGUGAUUGACGAGGCCACGGCGUGUCACCUCCGGCCGACGCGGCUGCCGCUCAAUAACUGCGUUUUUUGCAAAGCUGAUGAGCUUUUCACCGAUUACGAAUCCAAACUCUUUUCGCACACGGUGAAAGGUCAGACGGCCAUCUUUGAAGAGAUGAUCGAGGAUGAAGACGGACUGGUGGACGACCGCCUUCCCACCACCAGCAGGGGCCUGUGGGCAGCCAGCGAGAUGGAGCGCACGCUAAAGGCCAUCCUGGCCUUCGCCAAAGCCAAGCGCCUGGACCCGGAACUGGUGGAGGAAGGAAACACCUUCAUGGAUCUCUUUGAGACCUGGAAGAAGGAAUACAAGGUGCUGCAUGAGUACUGGAUGGUCCUGCGGAAUCACGUGUCGGCAAUAGAUGAGCUUGGAAUGGCCACCGAGAGACUACGUGUGCGUCUUCCUGACGAGCCCAAGCCGAAGCUGCUGCACAUCAUCGAGCCGCAUGAGGUGGAGCAGAACAGAGUGAAGCUUCUCAACGACCAAGCAGUGGCAAAGUCUCAGCUGCAGAAGAAGCUUGGACAGUUUUUGUACCUCACAAACCUGGAGAAGUCCCAGGACAAGUCCACCGGGGGCCUGAACCCAGAACCGUGUCCCAUCUGCGCUCGUUCACUGGGACAGGAGUGGGCGGUGCUGACCUGCGGCCACUGCUUCUGCAACCAGUGCAUCGCCAUCAUCUUGGAGCAGUACAGCGUGGGCUCUCGGCGGCGUGCCAUCAAGUGCGCCAUUUGCAGGCAGACCACCUCGCACACGGAGAUCUCCUACGUGUUCACCGCGCAGUCAUCCAGUCUGGACCAGGACAUCCCUGUUAAGGGGAGCCACUCCACCAAGGUGGAGGCCGUGGUGAGAACCCUGAUAAGGAUCCAAGUGAGCAACCCUGGAGCAAAGUGUCUGGUCUUCUCCACGUGGCAGAGCGUCCUGGACAUCAUCGCCAAGGCUCUGUUCGACAACAACAUGGAGUUCUCUCAGAUCAACGGUAUCCACAAAUUCCAGCAGAACCUGAGCUCCUUCAAGUACGAGGAGAACAUCAACAUCCUCCUGCUUCCUCUGCACACGGGCUCCAACGGCCUCAACAUCAUUGAGGCCACGCACGUGCUGCUGGUGGAGCCCAUCCUAAACCCCGCGCAUGAGCUGCAGGCUAUCGGACGCGUGCACCGCAUUGGACAAACCAAGCCGACGUUCGUGCACAGGUUCCUCAUCAAGUCCACCAUCGAGGAGAGAAUGCAGGCUAUGCUCAAGACUGCAGAGAAGAGUCACAGCAGCGCCGCCAUGAAGCACUCGGAGGCCGCCGUCCUGACCGUGGCCGACCUGGCUGACCUGUUUACAGAGGAAGAGGCGGAGCCUCUGGAGUGACACGUCUACCGCACAGGACUCGCUGCUCAGCGGUGACGGACGCGCUUUGACUUUGCACAUUCCACUUUUUAUACAGCUUACAAUGGAGACAUUUUUAGCGUCGUCUUGUUAUGAGUUGAAAUAUGUCACUCCUGUUCUGUUUCAGGAAAUAAACGCUCGCUUGGUGGCGGGAAGCAGACCGUUGUUUUUAAUUUAAACAAAAAAUUGUAGCCUUCUCCUACUCAGGGAAGCGUCUCUCUGAGCCUUCUUUUGCUUUUUUCCCUCCGACGUUGUCCUCUUUACAAGGCGAGCGGCUCGGAGAUUCGGUCUCUUGGAAACCAAUCUUGUAAAGCCGUCUCGUAAAAGCAGAGGUGUUUUUGCACUGGUGGCUUGUACGCGUCCUGUAUCGUAUAUUCUCAUUGCUUCCCCUCACAAUUGUCGAGAAGCGAUCAAGUGCUUUAUGAUCUGGUCCAGCGCACACGUGCGCUCUUGGGACCCUCGUUUUUUUUCACCUGACGCCAAUCGGGGUUCCCGCAAGGCAGUAAAGAGUUGGACAAAAGGCUGCAGACAACAAAGUGCAGUAGUGCAUGGUUACCACGCAGUCGUAAGAUGUUUACUAAGAGGACACGGUGGCGGGAGGUUGCGUUACCUCAGACUCCUCUCAGCUCCCCCUAUUCAUGUGCGGAAUCUCAUUGUUGGCGGGGACAUCAUUCACGCUGCUGUUUUAGGGGCCGGAGGGGCUCCCACUUCAUUAGGGGUCCGAGUGGGAGCGGAGGGUACUACGUCUUGCCUUGACAGUUGUCAGCGGAGGAGGCGGCAGUGGUGAACAUUCCCAGAAGAUUCACACGAGCGGGGGAAAAGGGCGGCGGCAAGCGGAAAGCGACGAUGGCAGGCGCCUGUUUGGUUUUUGCCUGCUUACUGCUCACCUUGAGGGCGGUCUUCUCCGACGUCGAUCUACCGCCGCACGAGGAGGGUGAGGUCAAGGAAGUUUUCCCAAUGAUCUAACCGUGUUUUGUAGAAUAUAUUCACUCUAAUACUGAUAGUACUGUAUUGGGAAGAUUAGUUUUAUAUCAUGAGACACAAAAUAAUUCAAAUUUGUGUAUUUAUUACACCCCGAAAAUCUGCAGGCGUAACAAAAUUGUUGAUUUGGCAGCAUACAGUCGUCCCUAAUGAUAUCACUCCCUUGCUGUAUCGUUUUUUUUUUAAAUUUUAUUAAUAAAUUAUGCCUCUUUUAUGGCUGAAUACAGCCUAUUAUCCAAUACCCGUCAAAAGUUUUAGAGCACUCUAAUUUCUCUGGAGGAACAGAUGUUCACGAGGGUACAGUACCACAGUGUGUUCCCAACACCGUUUUUAUGCAGACAGGAGGAAGUGCCUCGGCAGCGUUUGGUCAGCAAAGUAAAUAUACAAAACAGUGCAAAAUGGUGCACGCUCACAGACGGCGUCGCUGGCUACAUCGCAAAAGAAAUUCAAUCAUUCAAUACGGUCUGUUGACCCAUUUUGUGUUCCCUGAAACAGUAUCAUUCUGAAAUACACAUUCUUUUUCACUUUUGGGUAACCUUACCUUAUUUUAACUUCAUCACUUACCUUUGUACCAUUUCAAGCUAUUCAUUGGACUUGAACCACUUGAAUUUCAAUUAAAACUGGAAAAAGUGCAGUGUUGUAAAACUUUUGACCGGUAGUGUGAGUGAAAAAAUGCAUAUUUAAGCAAAUUGUACCGACUCGUAGAUUAAGUUAAGUGUUUUCAAGCAUAAAAAUGGUUUAAUGAUCUAACUAAAUGAACUAAAACGCUAAUACAUGGCAGAAGAAGCAUUGUAAUUGUGAAUGUAGUAGUCCACAUUGGCCACUGGGUGUCAGUACUUGUUCGGUGAGACAGGCGCUAGACUUGGUUCCCUAGUGGUGAUGUGCAAUACUGCUGAUUUCGUUCCUGUUCUGAUACGGAGUCAAAUUCAGGCAGGUGUGGGCGAUACCAAGGCUGCUCUUUUAUGACUUCAUUCGGACCUGAACACAUCAACAGCAGUGCAAUUCCAACAUUAUAUACUGUAUGUACCUCCAACUCACACACACGUCUGUAGUCCCUUCGUCCUCGGAGCACUCCGAACUUCAAAACAACCUCUUUAUAAUGCAUAUAAUAAACAGGAAUACAAUAAAUCUGUCACUCACUUUACUGUUAAUACCCAAGUACAAUUUGCUGCAUUUAGGUGUGUUCGGAAAUCCCAGAAAAUAAAUGACAUGGUGUCUUUGAAUGCAACCCCUCAUAAUAACACGGUUAACAUGUGAAAUGAUGCGCUACCAUUAAAGAGAUUAGUGUUAGACAAAUACAUUUUCAGACGUCUGUGCUAGUUUUUAGCUUGAUUAAAAUGGAGCUGUGAACACAUGCAAACACAUGGUAAUCCUGUCCUGUCAUUUGUCUUCCUUCCAAUAAAAUACGGUAAAAAAUUGGCGUUUUGCAGACAUUGUUGCACGUGGGGAUUAAUCAUGAUUAGUUAAUUUUGAAAACUGUGAUUAAUCUGAUUAAAAAUAAUUUGAUAUUUUAAACAGUGGAACUGUACUUUUGUUUGUCAUUUAUUAUUUAGUGUCUGUUAUUUUAAACAAGUGCAAAUACUCAACAUGGACUUCCACAAAGUUUUUUUUUUUCCUCCAAGUGCUUUUUUGAUAGCGAUGUUUUUAUAACCAGUCAAUCUUAUUGUUAAAGUACACAAAGUAUGUUUUUUUGGCUUUUUUUGAUUUUGCUGGUUUCCACUAGAGCUCAAUGAAACGGUCAUCUGCACCAAUGACCACAUGGAGGUGGUCAUCCCCGGCGCCUUCUUCCUGCGCAAGGAUCCUCCAGUCUACGCAAGUCACCCAGUUCCAACUGCUACAUAUGCAAAAUGCAGAUUUGAUGGGUUUUUAUUUUGUUUUUACUUUUGUCCUGU